CGACGUAAAGAUGGCGGCUGCAGUCAUAGCUUGCAGUCACGUGAUUUGGAGCUCAUGUGACAGGCGCUGAGUAUGCUGGGAAAUAUUGCUGUGACACUUUGGUGUAGAGAUGUUGGAGAGGGAGCUGUCAGGAGCAGGCUUUGAAAAGUCAAGCAACUUGAUUAAAGCUUUACCACCUGACCUCUUUGCUGAACUGUGUCAGCAAAUUGUUACUUGUCUGCGGUGUCAGAGUGUUGUGGUGGAUCAGACACAUUUUUGUCAGAGAUUUCAAGCGACUGGCGUGGAAACCAGCGUUAAUGAAGUUAGAAACGUGAUCAAUGCAGUGACGUGCCUGUUCAGUACUGCUGCAAAGCACAGACUUUCCAGCGAUGCGCUUUUGAAUUUUGUUGUAAGCAAAUACACAUUGCCAAAGCAGAUCUUGCAAGUCAUCCGUCAUGUGUGGAAUGAGGAAGGAAAAAGUCUGUUAGAGAAUGAAGGAUCCAGAGAUUUGUUACCAGCUUCGCAACUUGUCGAUUUUCAAUGGAAAAUUGGAAUGGCUGUAAGUUCAGACAACUGCCGAUCCCUGAAUCAUCCAUAUGUCACUGUGUCAUUAAAAGUGGUAGACUCUUCUGGCCAGGUCACAAGUAAAGUCAUCGAGAUGUCUAUUGCUGAUUUUCAGAAUUUUCACAAACAAUUCAAAGAGAUGUCUGCAGCUUUAGAAACGGUUUAAAAGGAACAGCAGCAACCAGAUAUUCUGUUAUGUCAGCAAAAAAAAUGCCUGGA